AUGGGGGUUGCCGACGAUUUAGCCCCUAGCUUCACACAGAAGCCCCAGCUGCGCCAAGAAGACGAUGGCAACAAACUCGUCUUCGAGUGCCAGCUGAUCGCAUCGCCCAAACCGGAGAUUUGCUGGUUUAGGGGCGAUGAACAGCUCAAAGAAGAUGGAAGGACCAAGUUUAAGAUCCAGAGCAUCGCCAACAGUAAGUUCCUGGUGGUGCUCGAACUAGAUGACGUGAUCGAGACCGAUGCGGGGCUAUAUAAAGUUAAAGCUAAGAAUAAGAUGGGCGAGGUGGCCGCUUCCAUCAAUCUUAACUUCAGCCCCGCUGACGAAGAAAAACAGAAACAAGUAGACGGUAAAGCGCCAACGUUCGCGCGCAAGCCAGCCAUCCGGCAAGAAGACGAUGGCAAACGGCUAAUAUUCGAAUGCCGCAUAGAGGCUGAACCCUUGCCCCAAGUCUCCUGGUUCCACAGUGGUGUGGAGGUCAAACAGGGAUCUAGACAUAAGCUUACAGUAAGCAAAGAAGGUAAAUCGUACUAUGCAUCCCUGGAGAUCAACAAUGUUACCGUAGAAGACGCUGGCAAGUAUAGGGUGACAGCUAAGAACGAACUCGGCGAGAGUAACGCCACUAUCAGCUUAAACUUCGACAGCGACGAAGCGCCCGUGCCUGAAGACUAUAUCAAACCGACAUUUACGGAGAGACCAGUCAUCAGGCAAUCGGAUGAUGGUACUAAAAUCACAUUCGAAUGUCGAUGUGUUGGCAAACCGAAACCAACCAUCACAUGGUACCAUGGCAAAAAGAUGGUAAAAGAAAGUAGUAGAUAUAAAAUAACGUUAGAAGAGGACCAAACAUUGUAUCACAUGGCGCGACUAGAAAUUAUAGGCGUUGAGAAUUCGGACAGAGGAGAAUACAGGGCUGUAGCGAAAAAUAAACAUGGUGAAGGCGUAGCGAAAAUAAAUUUAAACUUUGAAGGUGGCGGCAAACCUAAAAUACCCGACGGUAAACCACCAAGAUUUCCUAAAAAGCCAACCAUUAGACAGGAAGGCGAAUUACUUAUUAUGGAAUGUAUAUUAGAAGCAUAUCCAGUACCCGACAUCACGUGGUUCCAUGGGGAUAAGGAAAUCAAAGAUGGCGCUAAAAUGAAGAUGUCCAGAAAAGCCACCGGCAAAGAUACUUUUAAUUUGACGUUAGAAAUUUUAGGCCCCACGAGGGAAGACGGUGGAAAUUAUAGGUGUAACGCCUUCAACUUGUUUGGUGAAAGCAAUGCUAACAUUGCUCUCAAUUUUCAAGGUGGGGAUGACGAAAAUGGUUUCGCACCAUCAUUUGUGGAGAAACCCCGAAUCAUUCCCAAUGAAGAUGGCACACUCAUUACUAUGCGUUGUGUCUGCAAAGCAAAACCGGCGGCAGAAGUGACGUGGUACAGAGGCACGACCGCCAUCAAGGCUAGCAGUAAAAUUGAAAUUAAAUCAUCUCAAAUGAGCGAGGACGUUUAUGAGUUACUGUUGCUUUUAUCUAACCCUUCGGCAGCGGAUGGUGGUGCUUACCGUUGUCAUGUGCAGAACGAAUUCGGUGAAAGCAACGCUAACCUCAACUUGAAUAUCGAAGCCGAACCGGAGCCUGAAGGUGAAGGACCCACGUUUGUCGAAAAACCCACAAUUCAAUCCAAGGAUAAUGGUAAAUUAGUUAUUAUGGGUUGUAAAGUAAAAGCUAGCCCACGACCAACGAUUGUAUGGUACCACGAGGGCAAAGAAAUCAGCGACUCGUCGAAAAUUAAGACCAGGAUCGAAGUCAAAGAAGAUAUUUACACAAUCAUAUUAGAACUUAUCGAUCCUGGCAUUGAAGAUUCCGGAUUGUACAAAUGUAACAUUAAAAAUGAACUUGGAGAGCUCAAUGCGAAUCUUACGCUCAAUAUUGAAAUCAUUCCAGUUAUCAAAGAAAAACCAAGGAUCAUUAAGAUAGUUAAAAAGAAGACUGUUAUUGUUGAAUGUAAGGUAUUAAGUAAAUUCGCUCCUUCAUGUACGUGGUUCAAGGAAGCUAGUGCUGUUAGAGAGGACUCGAGGCAUACUGUUCUUAUUGAACCACUUAGAGAAGGCGAAUUCACAGUCAAAUUAGAAAUCUCGAACGUGUCACAAACCGACAAAGGUUUUUACAAGCUAGUCGCCAAAAACGAGAAGGGCGAAGCUUCAUCACAAGAAGUCGAAAUCACAGAUAUACCUGAAGAAAAGGGUGAAAAACCACAGAUUAUCAAACACUUCAGAAGUUUGGCUAAAAAGGAAAAUGAGGAAGCCGAAUUUGUGGCUGUUCUCAAGACUUCAGACCAGUCGUGUAGAUGUACAUGGUACAAGAACACAUCAGUCAUCAGAGACUCCUCUGAUAUUAAUACGUUGUUUGACGGCACUAAUGCUAGGAUAAUUAUCAGAAAAGUUACCUCUAAACAUAUUGCCAACUACAGGGUCGUAAUUAAGAACGAAUUUGGCGAAGAUGAGUCUAGCGCUGAUCUUACUAUCGUUGAAGAAAAGAAAAAGAAAAAAGAGGAAGAAGAAGAAGAAGAGACGGUUAUUGAGGAGUCAGAGGAGGAGAUGUCAAUUGUUGAAGAAAAAUCCGUGAUUGAGGAGAACCACGUUGAUGAGAAGAAGAAGAAGAAGGAGGAAGUUUUCGAGAAAGAAGAAGAAGAAAAAGUUUCCGAAGAAAGCAAGUCAGUCCGAAAGGUAUCGAAGAAAGAAGAAGUUAACAUUGAGAAAAAUGAAGAUGUCAAGGUGGAAGCCAAGAAAACCGAGUCUAAGACUAAAAAGAUUGAAUCUAAGAAAGAAGAAGUUAAGAAAGCUGAAAUUGAAGCGGAAGAAACUAAAAAAAUAUUAGAAAAGAGAGCAUCAAAAUCAGAAGAAGAGAAAAAGGCGCUUCUUGAAAAACUUGAAAAGAAGAAGCCAGAACCGGAGCCUGAAAAGAAGAUUGAAGGCAUUCCAAAACUUAGGUCUGUCAAACCUAAAGAAGAAGCAGUGGAAGAAAAGAAAGAUGAAACAAAAAAGAAAGUAGAAGAAAAGAAAAAGGUGGUGAAAAAGAAGGUCGUGACUAAGAAAGAUGAGGACGAAAUCGAGUUCGUUGAUGAUUACGAGAGACCUGUAUUGGAGAAAUACGAAAGAAUUACACCAACGCCACUAGAUAAAAAAGCGAAAGAGGAUCAUUUAACAAAGGCUAAACGCGCGUCUAUCGCAGAAAGUGUUAAAAGUGAAAAAGACAGUGAGGACGAAUCCUCAAUAGCUGCACCUACACCAGAGAAAAAGUCUAAAGUUGAACCUGAAAAGGUGGAAGAACAAAAGGCCGAACCAAAAAGACUUAGUAUUACUAAAAAGGGUCUUCCGCAACCGGAAGAACCUGUGGACGAAUUAUCUAAAGUUAAACUAUCAAAGAUUCCACAGAAACCCGAAGAGACUAAACUUGAAGAACCACAGGUUGCAAAAACUAAAAAACCAAUCAAAAAGCCAGAAGAACAAGCAGAAUUCGUGGAUGACUACGAAAGGCCUGAUCUAGAGAAAUAUGAUAAAAUGACGCCAACUCCUUCCGAUAGGACUAAAAAACAAAAUGGAGUGGAUGAGGCGGAUCGCGGAUUUGUUGACGAUUAUGAGAAACCUGAACUAGAAAAAUAUGAAAAAGUUACACCGACACCAAAGGACAAAAAACGUCCUGUCGAGGAUCAGGAUGACGUUGACAUGAUGAAAGGUAAAAUUAAACCGAAAGAAAAAGAAGGCGAACCUGAAAUGCCUACGCUUCGGAAACGUCCUGUUGCUAAAGAUAAGGAGGAGGAGAAAAAGGUAGAUGAGAAACCAAAAACUAAAGCUAAGAAAACAGAUGAGCCCGAAGCCAAAAAACGACCCUCUCUCAAAAAGAAAGAGGUUGUGGAAGAAGAAUUCAUCGACGAUUACGAAAGACCUGUCCUCGAGAAAUAUGAAAGAAUUACACCUACACCACUCGAGAAAAAGAAAAAGGACGAUAAAAAACCUGAACCAGAAGAGGAAGUCCCUUCAGCUACAGCAACUGCAAGGCGACGAUCAGUUAAAGACAAAGAUAAGCCGGAGCCCAUGGAUGUUGAUGAAAACUUUAGUUUAUCUAAACCAAAGACACCAGCUAAGCCUGGACAAGAACCCGAACAAGUUUCACUUACACACAAGACACCGGCUGCUAUUGAGCCUACGGAGGACGAGGCUGAAGCUAAGCUUAAUAUUAAAAAACCAGAGGUAGUCGAAGAGAAAACGAUUAAAAGACCUUCACCCAAAGAUCAGGAUAAGAAGGGAGAGGACACUGAGGAGGCUGUCAGCCUUACUAAGCCUCGUACUAAAACAAGCACAACUGCUCCUGAAGAGGCCAAACUUACACAAAAGACACCCGCUAAGAAAAAACCGACGGAGGGUUCGGAAGCAGCACAACUCAAGGUCAAAAAACCAGCAGUUGUUAAAAAGGACAAGGAAAACGAUGAUGAGCUGGAACUAGACUUUGUCGACGAUUAUGAACGGCCAGUUCUUGAAAAAUAUGAAAAGAUCUCUCCCACUCCGACUGUUCGGGAGAAGAAAGAAAAAGAAACAACAAAGACCGAAAGCCGACGAACAUCGAUCCAGAAUGAGACCAAAGAAGAAACUAAGACUGAGAGUCGAAGAAGCUCCAUCAUUGAAAACAAAGCUGUAAAGAUGACCAAGGAAACUGCUGAAAGCAGAAAGUCCUCUGUUGCGUCAGUUGCCGAGCAACAAGAAGUUGGUGCUGUGAAAAAGACUGCACAAAGGACAUCGAUAAAGGCAGCAGAAGCAGCUGAAAUAGAACAGGUUAAACUCAAGGAAGUGAAAGACAAGGUAGAAGAUACGGUAACAACAGAUAAGCCUUCAGAUAGUACAUAUCCAUGGCGACCUACGAAAACAGACACUAAGGAACCUACACGAAAAGAGGAACCAAAACCAAAGGAAAGUUCAAAUCAACCCAAGGAGACUGUUGGGUCUAGACGCCGCGACAGCGAAACUGAGGAUAUAGAGGAAGUGGAAGAAGUUGAAGAAAAAAGUAAAACAAAACGUAAACUGUCUACUGAUAAACCCAAAGAACCUCAAUCUAAACGCCAACCCCAGAAAGAUGAUAAGGAUAAUACUGAAAAGAAAGUUUCUAUCAAUAAGCAGACAAACGAGGUUCAGCCUAGCCAGCCAAAUGAAGACGAAAAUAUGGAAGAUGACUUUUGGAGAAGCACUGAACCCAAACGGCGGGUAUCUUUUGAUAGACCCACAGAGCCUACAUAUCCUUGGCACAAGCCUAGUAUUGUUGAGGAACCUGAAGCACCAAUGACACCGGUACAAUCACCUUUCUAUUUGAGGCAAAAGUCUUUUGCAGAGGAGCCCGAGCCCACAUUCUGGGAUUCUGAACCAGAUAAUAAUCUUAAAAAGGAACCUGAAAUACCACUGAUACCCAAACAAACACCAUUCCAUGUAAGAAAACGGUCUUUUGCAGAGCCUGAGCCAUCGCCUUGGGAACCCGAACAAACUAAGAAACCGGAAAUACCACAAACACCUACACAAACACCGUUCCAUGUACGAAAAAAAUCUUUUGCGGAGGAAACCGAGCCUUCGCUUUGGAAUUCCGAACCAACAAAGGAAACAAAGGACCCUACACCAUUCUUUUUGAAAACACCAAAGAAGCCGGAACCAUCUGAGCAAAGUGCCAAAAUUCCAAAGGAAUCUGAGGCUUCAGGAAAGAAACCCUCAAUUUUGGAACCAAAAUCAGAGGUACCAAUGUUUGAAGAACCUGCACCAGAAAACAAAAAUGAACCACCGGUGGUUCCUUUCUCUUGGGAUGUAAUCCCUGAAAUACCUCAGGCUGAGCAAACGCCAGAAUUAGAAGAUAAUUACAAACCGACACUUCUCGAAACACCGGAAACAAUUGCACCCUGGCGAAGGGGGAAGUCCCCUCAGAAAGUUGCGGUCAAAGAAGAGGUUGUACAAGAAGAAGCAAAGAAAGCAAAGGUGUCAACAGUCAAAAAGAAGGCCGAGGAUCUGCCUGAGAUCCCUGAUUACGAGAGACCUGAACUUGAAAAAUUCGAAAAACCAACAUUCACACAAACAACUAAAGACAAGCCUGACAAGCCAACACCAAAAGUGCCUGAAAUUAAGGCGCCCGAGGAGAAGCCUCUUGCACCGAAGAUUGAAGUAAUUCGUGAAAAGUCUCCGAAACCAGAACUGCCAAGGAAACCAUCCCUUGUACCUGGUGCUCCAGUUGGAAGACGUGGUUCUCUUAUACCUCCUCCGGAGGAGAUGGGAAGACGUCCUUCCCUCAUCAUCAGUGAUGAAGAGAAUAGAAAACUAAGACCCGGUGAGGUGAUCGAAGAGAAGAAGGUCACGAAAUUACGUCCGGGCGAAGUUUUAGACGAGAAAAAGCGACGAAAAUCCGGCGAUAUGAGGAGACCGUCGCUGCAAGAUCUUGAGGAUCUUAUCAACAAACCGUCAGUUCCUCUCAAACCCAUUGGAGAUGGAGGACCGCCAGUCAUUGUCGACGUACAAGAGAGCUAUUCCGCUGUUGAAGAUCAAACUGGCUACCUCACCGUACAAGUGGAGGGCAACCCGGCUCCUACAUUUAAGUUCUACAAAGGUGUCGGAGAGAUUAUUGAAGGGGGCCGUUUCAAGUUCGUCACAGAUGGCGAAACUGGUUACAUCACCCUCUGCAUGAGAAAGGUUAAACCUAAUGAUGAAGGCAAAUACAAGAUUGUGGUCAGCAACAUCCACGGUGAAGAUUCAGCUGAAAUGCAGCUUUAUGUAUCCGAUGCCAGUGGCAUGGACUUCCGUGCCAUGCUCAAGAAGAGGAAGUACGCCAAAUGGGCAGAGAAGAAAGAAGAGAUUAACGUAGAUCUAAAAGAGGUCGAAAAACCCAUUCCACCACUCAAGAAAGUGGAGAAGAAACAAGAAUCGUUCUUGAAGCCCCUCGUAGAUCAAUUCGCGAAAGAAGGCAAAGAUAAGAAGGUCACUUUCGAAGCCAUCUUUACUAAGCCAAAUGCGAAGCCAAAAUGGUAUUUCCGCAAAGAUGAACUGUUCCCCGGCUCUAAGUAUAAGAUGACAAACGAACAAGACUCUUACAAGCUGAUCAUCAUGAACCCGAAAGUUGAGGAUACGGGCAAAAUUACCAUUGAAAUCGGCGGCACCACUUGUACUGCCUUCUUGCAAGUCGAUGAACCUGAUCCCACGUAUAGCUUCAUAAAGCCCUUGAAGAAGAACAUUAGUGGUUACACAAAACAUGAGUGCGUCUUGGAAUGUACUGUUUCAAAUAGCCUUGCUAUUGUGUCCUGGUGGAAGGAAGAUAAAAAGUUAGAAGAUAACGAUGAAUAUCAGAUCUCCAAGGAUCUGUCAGGUAUAUGUAAGCUUGUCAUCAAAAGCUGUAAGUUUGAAGAUGCUGGCAAAUAUACUUGUAGGAUUGAGAAACAACCUGAUAAGACUGAGAGUGAUAUUAAGAUUGUUGAAUACCCAUACAAGUUCACCAAAGUGCUCAAAUCGCAACAAGCCAUUGAGAAAGACACAAUCACACUAUUGUGUGAGCUCGACGAUGCAGGUGGUGAUGUUAAAUGGUUUAAGAACAAUGAACCUCUGAAACCAGAUAAGCGCAUCACAAUAGCAAAGGAAGGUCGUAAACGAAAGGUGGUAAUUAGAGACGCCAAAGUCACAGAUGCUGGUAACUUUAAAUGUACCUCCAACGCUGAUGAGACAGCGUGCGAACUGAUUGUCAAUUACUGUAACCGUUUCAACAAGAAAUUGAAAGAUACUGAAGCUAUUGAGAGAGACAAGGUUGUCUUGGAAGUAGAAUUGCAGGAUCAAACAGCUGAAGCUGUUUGGUCUUUCAACGGACAACCUAUUGUACCCAAUGAAAGAAUUGAAAUCAAGAACUUGGGUGGUGGCAAGCACCAACUUAUUUUUAACAAACUAGAGAUGGAGGAUGAAGGAGAGAUUCUGUGCGAAUCCGGAAAACUCACCUCGUCUUGUAAGCUAACCGUCAAGAAGGGCGAGUCCAAGCCGACAAUUGAAUGUCCGGACGAAUUUAAUGGACCAGCUGACCGCCCCUUCGUCAUUGAGGUGCCUUAUAAAGUUACUGGUACCCGACAAACACCGAUUGAAGCCAAGCUAUUUAAAGACGGAAAGGCAUUACCUGCAAAGGAAGUCGAAGUUGUGGUCGAGCAAGAAAAGGUAUUAUUCAAAAUCAAGAAACCAAGCAGGGAAGGAUCCGGCAAAUACCAGAUCAAGAUGUCAAAUGCCCAAGGCGAGGACUUCAAGGAUGUUACUAUUACAAUGCAGAGCGUACCGACUCCACCACAAAAUGUCGAAGUUUCAGAAAUCUUCCAGACUUCGUGUGCGGUAACAUGGAAGACCCCACAAGAUGAUGGAGGUGCACCGAUAGUUAAAUAUGUCAUUGAAAGACAGGAUUUGUCUCUCAAAGCAGGAUGGGACAAUGUGGCCGAAGUGCCACAUGGUCAACCAUUGAAAUAUAAGGUAGAAGACCUGAUACCCAAGAAGACUUACAAGUUUAGGAUUCGUGCCGUUAAUAAGAUCGGGUCUAGUGAGCCUGGUCUUUUUGCCAAGCCUGUGCUGGCUAAGGACCCAUGGGACGAACCUUCGAAACCAAAGGCAGUCGAGCUUACAGACUGGGACAAAGACCACGCUGAUCUCAAGUGGCAGAAACCAGAUAACGACGGUGGCGCACCAAUUACAGGAUAUGUCAUCGAAUACAAAGAGAAGUUCGGCAAGGACUGGGUUACAGGAAAAGAGGUACCUGGAGAUUGUCUUAAGGGUACUCAGGAUGGCUUGAAAGAAGGAUGCACUUAUGAAUUCAGAGUUCGCGCUAUUAACAAGGCCGGCCCUGGUGAACCUAGUGACAGCACUAAACCAAUUGUUGCCAAGUGCAGAUUCGUUAAGCCAUACAUUAUUGGAGAGGGUCUCCAGAGCAUGAUCAUCAAGAAGGGACAGAUUAUCACCUUCGACAUCAAGUAUGGUGGUGAACCUGAACCUACAGUUAAAUGGAUGAAGGGUGAAGAGAAACGCGGCAAGGCGUACACUGAGAAGGAGAUCCACGAUGAUGGUGACCGCAUCACCAUAGAUAAGUAUGAGAGGAACACCGUAAUCACCGUGAGAAAAACGACCAGGAUUGAUAGCGGAAAGUACAAGCUAGUGCUUACCAACUCGUCUGGUACUUGCGAGAGUAUCGGCGAUGUUGUUGUACUAGACAAACCUAACCGUCCAAAUGGUCCGAUCGAAGUCACAGAUAUCCGAGCCGAAAAGGCGACUGUCAAAUGGAAGAAGCCCGAUGAUUGGCAGGGAUCCGACAUCACUGGAUACACUUUGGAAAAAAUGGAUAUGGAUACCGGCAACUGGGUACCAUGCGGUGAAACUGGUCCCGAACCUACAGAGUUCACAGUCAAAGGACUCACACCAAACCGUAAAUACAAGUUCAGAGUACGCGCCGUCAAUAAGGAAGGCGAGUCAGAGCCCUUGGAGACUGACAGUUUCAUUGUUGCCAAGAAUCCUUACGACCCACCGAAGGCACCAGGCAAGCCAACAGUUAUCGACUACGAUAAUCAGUCGGCGACGUUGCAAUGGGAGCCCCCGUCAGACAACGGUGGAAGACCAGUGCUCGGAUAUGUUGUCGAGAUGAAGGACAAAUUCUCUCCUGACUGGAUUGAGGUGACCAAAACAGAAGAUACAAAGACAGAGUACAAGGUUGAGGGUCUGAAGGAGAAGAUGAUCUACCAGUUCCGUGUAAAGGCUUACAACAAGGCUGGUGUUGGUGAUGCUUCUGAGCCCACCGAAAACCAUCUCUGCAAACACAAGAACUUGAAGCCACGUAUUGAGCGCAGCACCUUCAAAUCAGUGAUCAUCAAGGCUGGCCGCACCCAUAAGUGGUCUGUUGAUGUCAUUGGUGAACCUCCACCAGAGAUGACAUGGUCAUGGCGUGAGGACAUCAAGCUGGUGAAUACUGAGCGCAUCAAGAUUGAGAACAAGGAGUACCACACCGACUUUACAAUUAUAAACGCGGUGAGACGAGACACCGGAAAGUACAAGCUGCGUGCUGAGAACUGCAAUGGCUUCGAUGAGGAAACAGUUGAGUUGACUGUAUUGAGCAAACCUAGCGCGCCCAAAGGGCCAUUGGAAGUAACAGACAUCCACGCUAAAGGAUGCAAGGUGAAGUGGGAGAAGCCGGAAGAUGACGGUGGUUCUCCAGUUAAGGAGUACGAGCUUGAGAAAAUGGACUUGGCCACUGGCAAAUGGGUUAGGGUUGGCAGAGUUGCCGGUGACAAGAAACCCUUGGAGAUGGAUGUGACUGGUCUGGAACCUGGGCACCAGUACAAGUUCAGAGUGACAGCCGUUAACGAUGAAGGUGACUCAGAGCCUCUAGAAGCCGAGAAGGCCAUCCUCGCUAAGAAUCCAUUCGACGUAUCUGACAAACCUGGCAACGUCGAGGUGGCAGACCACGACAACCAGAGCGCUGAGAUCAAAUGGGACCCACCCAAGAACGAUGGUGGUGCUCCAGUCCUCAAAUACAUCAUACAGAAGAAACCUAAAGGUGGUGAUUGGGAGAAUGCUGCUGAGGUGCCUGGAACCCAGACCUCGGCCAAGGUAGACGGUCUACCUGAGGGUAGCGAGUUCCAGUUCCGCGUGGUGGCUGUCAACAAGGCUGGACCCUCAGAUCCAUCUGACGCGACCAAGAUGACUACGAUCAGACACAAAGCUCUGAAGCCACGCAUUGACCGCACUAACCUCAAGGCGCUGGCUGUGCGCGCUGGCAAACCUAUCUUCUUCGACGUAAACGUCAAGGGUGAACCUGCACCAAAGGUGCAGUGGUUCCAGAAGUGGAAGAACGAGGAGAAAGAGGUUACGAGUAACGUAAUUAACGUUGACUACAACACCAAGUUGGACAUCAAAGAGUCCGUGCGAGCGAUGACGGGCACGUACCGUAUCCUCGCCACCAACGAGCACGGCAAAGACGAGGCCGAAGUGGAGAUCACGGUACUGUCCUCGCCCAGCAAGCCUGGUGGACCGCUCAAGGUCACUGACGUCACCAAGAAUGGCUGCAAGCUCGCCUGGAAGAAGCCAGAAGACGAUGGUGGAAAACCAGUAACUGGCUACGUAGUUGAGAAGCUCAACAAAGCCACCGGACGCUGGGUGCCAGUAGGCAAGACUGAUGACACAGAGAUGGAAAUCAAGGGUUUACAGGAAGGCGAGGAGUACGAAUUCCGAGUGAAGGCGGUCAAUGAGGAAGGAGAGUCUGAACCUCUGAAGACUGACCACUCGAUCAUCGCCAAGAAUCCUUACGACAUUCCUGGAAAACCGUCAGUACCCACAAUCGAGGAUUGGGAUGUGGACCGAGUGGAUCUCAAGUGGGAGGCGCCCAAGAACAAUGGCGGUGCUCCCAUCACGGGCUACGUCAUCGAAAAGAAGGAGAAAUAUGGACAGUGGACCGAGGCGCUUGUCACUACUACGCCUGAAUGCAAAGCUCGUGUGCCUGAUCUGAAGGAAGGCAACGUAUAUCAGUUCCGAGUGCGCGCCGUUAACAAAGCUGGCCCUGGAGAACCAGGAGAUGCCACACAACCGCAUACUGCUAAAGCUAGAUUCUUGAAACCGCACAUCAACCGCGACAAGAUGACGGCCAUUCGCGUCCGCGCUGGUACUACUAUCAAAUUGGAUGUCGACAUCAAGGGUGAACCUCCACCGACCAAGACAUGGACGUUCGCCAAGAAGGUGCUGGAAACCGGCCCCGGCAUCAAGAUCGAGAACGAAGACUAUAACACCAAGAUGCAGAUCUUCGACUCGACCUGGAACAACUCUGGCGUGUACACACUCAAGGCUGAGAACGACUCCGGUGUCGAUGAGGCUACCGUUGAAGUCACUGUAUUAGAUAAACCAGGCAAGCCUGAAGGCCCAUUGGAAGUAUCAGACGUUCAUGCUGACCAUGUCAAGCUCAAGUGGAACAAACCCAAACACACUGGGGGUCUUCCUCUCAGCGCUUAUGUUGUGGAGAAGAUGGACACACUCACUGGCAAGUGGGUGCCUGCCGGUACUGUGGAGCCGGACACCUUGGAGACUACAGUUACUGGUCUCGAGCCCGGCCACACAUACCAGUUCCGCGUGAAGGCCUUAAACGAGGAAGGAGAGUCUGAACCACUAGACACAGACCACGGCACACUGGCCAAAAACCCGUACGAUGUACCAGCGCCACCUGGCCUGCCCGACAUCGUGGACUGGGACGAGAAGUCCGUCAAGCUUAAGUGGGAGCCACCGAUCAGGGACAACGGGGCUCCUAUCACUGGAUAUGUUAUCGAAGUUAUGGAUAGAGACAGAGGCGAUUUUGUUAAGGCCGUAGAGAUCCAGGGCAACAUCUGCCAAGGUACAGUCCCGAAGCUGGAGGAAGGCAAUCAGUACCAGUUCCGUGUCCGCGCCCUGAACAAGGCUGGACAAUCCGAACCUUCGGAGAACACUAACUGGCAUACUGCUAAGCCGCGUUUCUUGAAACCAAGAAUCGACCGCACAAACCUCAACCCGAUCACCGUCAAAGCUGGUCUACCAGUCUCCCUGGACGUCAAAGUCUUCGGAGAGCCACCAGCAAAGGUCACCUGGCACUUCAAGGGCGAAGAGUUACAGAACCGGGAGAACCUUGAUAUCAUCAAUGUAGAUUAUAACACUAAGUUCUUGAUGACCAAGAGUAAGAGAGCCCACAGUGGCAAGUAUGUGAUCAAAGCCAAGAACGAAGUUGGAGAGGAUGAGGCUGAAGUCGAAAUUACCAUAAUUGGCAAACCAUCCAAGCCCAACGGUCCUUUGGAUGUAUCUGAUGUGACCAAGAACGGCUGUACUCUGACAUGGAAGAAACCAGACGAUGACGGUGGCUCGCCCAUCGAGUACUACGAAAUUGAGAAACUGGACCCACUCACUGGACAAUGGAUCCCUUGCGGUACCGCUAAGGAUUGCAAGGCUAACAUCACCGGCCUGUCGGAGGGCAAGCCCUACAAGUUCAGGGUCAAGGCCGUCAACAAGGAAGGCGAGUCUGAGGAACUCGAGACUGAGAAGCCGAUCAUUGCUAAGAAUCCCUUCGACGAGCCUGGUAAACCCGGACGUCCCGAACCACGUAACUGGGACAAAGACUUUGUGGAGCUUGAAUGGACUCCGCCCAAGAACGAUGGAGGAGCACCUAUCACUGGAUACAUCAUCCAGAAGAGAGAAAAGGGUGGAAGGUCAUGGCAAGAGUGCCUCAAGACUACAGGCGAUCGCCCUACCGGCCGCGUGACAGACGUAGAGCCGGGGCGGGAGUACGAGUUCCGUGUGAUGGCCGUCAACAAGGCUGGCCCUGGAGAACCCUCCGAACCGAGCAAGAGUGUCAUCACUAAACCAAGAUUCUUGGCACCAAAGAUCGACCGAAAGAACUUGCAAAAGAAGAAGAUCAAGGUUGGUUCUCCGCUCAAGAUGGAGGCUGAUGUCAUUGGUGAACCAGAACCUGUUAUCACCUGGACCUUCGGCGGUGAAGUCCUUAAGGCCCAGGAGAGGUUAAAGAUUGAAAACAAGGAUUAUCACACUUCAUUCCUGAGGGAGAAGAUGACCAGGGCUGACUCUGGCAAAUACAUUGUGACGGCUAAGAACGAUUCCGGUACUGAUACCGUAGAGAUCGAAGUUGAUGUCGUCAGUAAACCAUCUAAACCUAAAGGACCAUUAAAGGUUUCGGACGUUAAAGCCGAUGGCUGCAAACUCAAAUGGGAACCUCCAGAAGACGAUGGCGGCGAACCCAUCGAAAAUUACGUCGUGGAACGUAUGGAUACUGAAUCAGGCAGAUGGGUACCCGUCUGCACAACCAAGACGCCAGAGGCUGACGUCACCGGCCUGAACGAGGGCAAGGACUACUUGUUCAGGGUGAAGGCUGUUAAUCCUGAGGGUGAAAGUGAGGCUUUGGUGACCGACACCGCUACUACAGCGAAGAAUCCUUACGGUGAACCCGACGCCCCUGGAAAGCCGGAAUUCAAAGACUGGAGCAAGGACCACGUCGACCUCAAGUGGGAGGCGCCAAAGAACGAUGGUGGGGCUCCAAUCACGGGAUAUAUCGUCGAGAAGAAAGACAGGGACACGGGCAAGUGGGUCAAGGCGGCAGAGGUACCCGGCAACAAGACCGAGGCCCGCGUGCCUGACCUCAUCGAGGGCAAGACGUACCAGUUCAGGGUGAAGGCCGUCAACAAGGCGGGCCCUGGCAAACCUUCCACGCCGUCUGAGAACUUACUGGCUAAGGACAGGUUUGCUCCACCUAAGAUCGACCGCACCAACAUGCGCGACCUAACUCUAAAGGCUGGACAGAACAUUCGCUUGGACAUCAAGGUUAGCGGCGAACCGCCACCGACUAAGACCUGGUUCCAGAACAAGGAGCGCCUGUCUACGCGCGACGACCUGUCGGUGGACGUGGAGGACUACAGGACCAAGCUGUCCGUGGUCAUCGUGUCGCGCAAGCACAGCGGCACCUACGUGCUCAAGGCCGAGAACAGCAGCGGCCGGGACGAGGCCACCAUACAGAUCACUGUGCUCGACGUGCCCGCUAAACCCGAGGGACCGCUUAAGAUCUCAGACGUCCACAAAGAAGGCUGUACUCUCAAGUGGAACCCGCCACUAGACGAUGGAGGUGCACCGCUUGACCACUACCUAGUAGAAAAGCUAGACACGGAAACUGGCCGCUGGAUGCCGUGCCUCAAGACAAAGGACCCGAAAGCAGAAGUGGAAAACCUAGUGCCUGGACACGAAUACAAGUUCAGAGUGUCCGCAGUUAACAACGAGGGUGUGUCGGAGCCGCUGGAGGCUGAUCAUUCUAUCAUUGCGAAGAAUCCGUUCGACGAGCCCGGCAAGCCUGGUACACCCGAGGUUGUGGAUUGGGACAAAGACCACGUGGACCUCAAAUGGGAAAAGCCGCUCAAAGACGGCGGUGCUCCAAUCACUGGCUACAUCAUCGAAAAGAGAGAGAAGGGAUCACCUAAGUGGGUGAAAGCUUGUGAGGUCGGUCCCAAUGACAAUGAGAAGGUUACGGUACCAAACUUAGACGAGGGUACGGAGUACGAGUUCCGCGUAAAGGCCGUCAACGAAGCCGGUCCUGGUGAACCUUCAGACGCUAGCAAGUCUGUCAUCUGCAAACCAAGGAGACUGGCGCCCAAGAUCGACCGCCGCAACCUCCGCCCGAUCAAGGUCCGCGAGGGAGAGCCCAUCUCACUCGACGUCAAGGUGUCGGGAGAACCCGCUCCUGAGGUCACGUGGACGCUGAACGGCAAGUCCGUUAUAAGUGGAAACGGACUUAAACUGGUAGAUGUACCAUACCUAAGCAAGUACCAACACGCCAGCCCUCGCCGCAAGGACUCCGGCACGUACAAGAUACAGGCCGUCAACAAGUAUGGACAAGACACCGCUGAACUCGAAAUCAUUGUAACUUCGAAACCCGAAAAGCCCGAAGGACCAUUGGAAGUGUCAGACAUUCACAAGGAUGGCUGCAAGCUGAACUGGAAGCGGCCCAAGGACGAUGGAGGUGAACCCAUCGAAGCUUACCUCGUAGAGAAGUACGAUCCGGAGAAUGGAACGUGGUUACCUGUAGGCAAAACCUUCGGCAACGUGCCGGAAAUGGAGGUGGAUGGUUUGAUUCCCGGACACGAAUAUAAGUUCCGUGUGAAGGCUAUUAACAAGGAAGGCGAAUCUGAGCCGUUGGAGACUUUCGGCUCCAUUAUCGCCAAAGAUCCAUUCACUAUACCAGAUGCACCUGGCACCCCAGUCCCAGACGACUGGUCAGCCAGUCACGUGGACCUCAAAUGGGAGCCUCCGCUAUCAGACGGUGGAUCACCCAUCAUUGGUUACAUCAUCGAGAAGAAAGACAAGUACAGCCCACUAUGGGAAAAGGCCGUGGAGACACACACUCCUACACCGACUGCAACGGUCAAUGGGUUAAUCGAAGGCAACGAGUACCAGUUCCGCGUGAUCGCGAUCAACAAGGCUGGUCAGAGCAAACCGUCUGAAGCCAGCAAGAACUUCCUGGCCAAGCCACGCUUCUUAGCGCCCAAGAUCGACAGGAGACAUCUAAGAGAUGUGACCAUUUCUGCUGGAUCCACUCUGAAGCUGGAGGCGGCCAUCACUGGAGAACCGGCCCCAGCUGUAGAAUGGAGAUACCAGAAUAUGCCUCUUCGACCCUCGAAGGCGGUGACAAUCGAUAACCCAGAGUACUUCACCAAGCUGGUGAUCCGUCCAGUGAGACGCGACGACUCGGGUGAAUACACCGUCUCCGCCGUCAACUCCAGCGGCAAGGACACCGUCACCAUCAAUGUUGUGGUUACCGACAAGCCUCUUAAGCCUGAAGGACCACUACAGAUCUCAGACGUGCACAAAGAAGGUGCCACCCUCAAAUGGAAGCGUCCCAAGGACGACGGCGGCGCUCCCAUCGAGUACUACCAGAUCGACAAGCUGGACACGGAUACCGGAUGCUGGGUGCCGUGUGCCAGAUCUGAUGAGCCUAAGUGUGAUGUUACCGGCUUGACUCCCGGCAAAGAGUACAAGUUCCGAGUAUCAGCUGUCAACUCUGAGGGCGAGUCUGAACCACUUGUUUCUGAACAAUCUAUUGUCGCCAAGAAUCCGUUCGACGAGCCUGGUGCACCAGGCACGCCAAGUGUAACAGACUGGGACAAGGACCAUGUGGACCUCAAGUGGACCCCACCGAAAACCGACGGUGGCGCUCCCAUCGACGCAUAUAUUGUGGAGAAGAAGGACAAGUUCGGCAACUGGGAGAAGGCGCUCGAAGUACCCGCAGAUAAGACCAACUGCACUGUGCCUGAUCUUAUCGAGGGUCAGACUUAUGAGUUCAGGGUCCGCGCUGUUAACAAAGCUGGUCCAGGAGAACCAAGCGACAGCACGCAUCCAAUUGUUGCCAAGCCCAGGAACUUGGCGCCUAAGAUCGACAGGACUAACUUGAUCGAUAUCAAGAUCAAGGUUGGACAGAAGUUCGGCUUCGAUGUCAAGGUUACCGGAGAACCGAUGCCAGAAACGAAAUGGUUCCUGGCAAAGAAGGAAGUGAAGAGCGGCGGCGAUGUGAAAGUUCAGCAUUCAGAUUACAACACGAAGCUGAACUGCAAGACAGCCAGGCGAGCAGACAGCGGCAGAUACACCAUCACAGCGGAGAACGUCAACGGCAAGGACGUGGCAGAGGUUGAGGUCAUCGUUCUCGAUGUGCCUAGUCCGCCUGGAGGUCCACUCAAGGUCUCCGAUGUCCACGCCCACGGUGCCAAAUUAUCCUGGAACCCACCAGCCGACGAUGGCGGUCAGCCCAUAGACAAGUACGUCGUGGAACGCAUGGACGAGGCCACUGGACGAUGGGUCAAUGCCGGUGAGACCGACGGACCACAGACCAGCCUCGCGGUCGAUGGUCUCCAGCCCGGACACAAAUAUAAGUUCAGAGUCCGAGCUGUUAACAGGCAAGGCAAAUCUGAACCCCUUACCACACCACAUGCUACUGAAGCCAAGAAUCCGUUCGAAGUCGCUGGCAAACCUGGAACACCGAAAGUCAAGGACUUCGACCGAGAUUUCGUGGAGCUGGAAUGGUCUAGGCCACAAACCGAUGGUGGCGCUCCCAUUACCGGCUAUGUCAUUGAAAAGAAGGAUAGAUUCGCACCUGACUGGGAAGAGUGCGCCACUGUUGAGGGAGAUGUCACUACUGGCAAAGUACCUGAUCUGAUCGAAGGAAACACUUAUGAGUUCCGUGUCCGUGCAGUUAACAAAGCUGGCAAGGGUGAGCCGAGUGACGGCACUGCGCCACAUCUGGCCAGACCCAAAAAUCUUCCCCCGAAGAUCGACAGAAACUUCAUGUUUGACAUCAAAAUUAAGGUUGGACAAAACUUUGAUUUGGAUGUACCAGUCGCCGGUGAACCUACUCCCACCAAGGAAUGGUUCCUUGGUGAUAAUCUAGUAAUGAACAAUGACAGAAUCAAAGUUGUAUCUGACAAUCAUAGCACCAAGAUCCGCGUUAUUGAUGCCAAGAGGGCUGACUCAGGAACAUACACACUUAAAGCUAGGAAUGUUAAUGGUACCGACUCGGCUACAGUCAAGAUUACAGUCAUGGAUGUGCCUCUACCUCCUGAAGGACCACUUAAAGCUGAUGAAAUCACCAGGUCUGGCUGUACUCUUCGCUGGAGGCCACCUAAAGAUGAUGGUGGAUGCGAAAUCACUCACUACGUUGUUGAAAAGAUGGACCAAGAAAAUAUGAGAUGGAUUCCUGCUGGUGAGGUCCAAGGUACCUUUGUCAGAAUUGAUCAUCUUAUUGAAGGUCAUGAUUACAACUUCCGAGUAAAAGCUGUGAAUAAACUUGGUGAAUCUACACCACUGACUGGUCGCGAACCAAUUACCGCCAAGGAUCCUUAUGGUACACCAGACAAACCUGGAACUCCUGUUGUCAAGGACUGGGACAAAGAUCAUAUGGACUUGGCAUGGGUGCCGCCGAAGAAGGAUGGUGGUUCUCCAAUAACUGGAUACAUUGUAGAAGCGAAGAAGAAAUACGGUCCUUGGGAAGUUGCUGCAACUGUCCCUGGUAACCAGACCACCGCAACUGUACCUGGCCUUACCGAAGGCGAGGAAUACGAGUUCAGAAUCAUUGCAGUCAAUAAGGCUGGUAAUGGAGAACCCAGCGACGCUUCCACUCCUCAAGUAGCCAAAGCUAGAUUCUGUGCACCACACUUUGACAAAACGCUCUUGGCUGACAAGACUGUGAAAGCAGGACAGAGGAUUCAAUACGAAAUACCAAUUGAAGCUUCUCCUAAGCCUACAGUAGAAUGGCAAAUCAAUGGAAAGGUUGUACAACCAUCAGACAGAAUUGAUAUCCAACUGCUUCACAACAGGGUGAUAUUAGACAUUCCAUUCUCCGUCAGAGCUGAUGGAGGCGUUUAUAAACUAACCCUGAAAAAUGACCUUGGAGUAUGCUCAGCAUCUGCUCAAGUCACCGUGUUGGAUAGACCUUCAAGGCCGGAAAAACCGUUGGUUGUUUCUGACGUAACUAAAGAAUCAUGUUCUCUAUCAUGGAAGGUACCUUUGGACGAUGGUGGGUCACCAAUUCUCCACUAUGUUAUCGAGAAAAUGGAUCUUUCCCGAGGUACUUGGGCCGACGCUGGCAUGAGUACCUACCUAUCUCAUAAUGUAACAAGGCUGAUUCAUAUGAAGGAAUAUCUCUUCAGGGUCAGUGCUGUCAAUGCUAUUGGACAAUCAGAACCUCUUGAACUUGACCGUGCUAUUGUAGCCAAGAAUGAGUUUGAUGAACCAUCAGCACCUGGCAAACCGAAAGCCACAGACUGGAGUAAAAACCAUGUUGAUCUGGAAUGGGCUCCACCUAAAUCAGAUGGUGGAUCUCCUAUCACUGGUUAUAUUGUACAAAAGAAAGAGAAAGGCAGCCCAUACUGGGUCAACGCUGCUCACGUGCCUCCUGGCAAAAAUAAGGCUACAGUACCUGAUCUAACUGAAGGUCAAGAUUAUGAAUUCCGUGUCAUUGCCGUUAACCAAGCUGGUCAAUCAGAGCCUAGUGAACCUUCUGACGUCAUAACCGCUAAGGACCGCUUUGUGGCACCGAAGAUCCUCACACCUCUUAAAGAGAUUCGCAUCAAGGCUGGUCUCAUUUUCCACUUAGAUGUAGACUUUAUUGGAGAACCUAUUCCUGAAGUUACGUGGACCUGUGAUGGAAAACCAGUGGUUGCUAAUGAAAGAACCACAGUCACAUCUGUUGGUCAUCAUACUAUUGUCCACACCGUCAACUGCAAGAGAUCAGACGCUGGCAAGUACAACUUGAAGCUGAAAAACGAUUCUGGCACUGAUGAAGGCAGCUUCGAACUGAUAGUUCUUGACGUACCCGGAGCUCCUGAGCCUCCAUUCACGUACGAAGAGAUAACUGCACAAUCUGUUACGUUGUCUUGGAAACCACCUAAAGAUAACGGUGGCAGUGAAUUGACUGCUUACGUCAUUGAAAAGAGAGACCUGACUCAUGGAGGUGGAUGGGUGCCCGCUGUUACAUACAUAAAUCCUAAGUAUAACCAUGCUACUGUACCAAGAUUAACCGAAGGUACGAAGUAUGAGUUUAGAGUUUUCGCUGAAAACCUUCAGGGACGUUCAGAGCCCUUGGUUACAGAUAAGCCUAUUGUGGCCAAGAACCAGUACACUGUUCCUGGUAAACCUGGAAAGCCAGAACUUGUUUCCGCAGACAAGGAUCAUAUUAAAGUCAGAUGGUCAUCACCAAUCUCCAACGGAGGAUCCAAUAUCCUUGGGUACGACGUUGAAAGAAGAGAUAAGGCUACUGGCCGCUGGAUUAAACUGAACAAGGAUCCAGUUAAGUUCAACGAAUACAAUGACGACAGAGUACAAGAAGGUCAUCAAUACGAAUACAGAGUGUCGGCAGUCAACGCUGCUGGACCUGGUCAACCUUCUGAUCCAUCCAACGUUUUGAUUGCUAAACCAAUGAAGGAGAAACCUAAGCUUAGCUUAGACCACCUCAUUGGCAGGAAAAUCAAGGUUCGCGCUGGAGAACCAAUCAACAUCAACAUUCCGAUCGCUGGAGCACCUACUCCAACUAUUACCUGGACCAAGGGAACCGUACGUUUGGCACCAUCACACAGGCUUUCCACGGAAACUAAGAAUGAUGAAACGAAACUUAGCAUCGAGAAGUCAGUUAGAGAAGAUGCUGGUAAGUACACUAUUACAGCAACCAAUGAACACGGAAAAGAUUCUGCGGACAUUGAAGUCAUUGUUGUUGACAAACCAGGAGUGCCUAAAGGACCUCUAAUAUGCCAACCUGUUACUCAUGAUUCUAUUAGCCUUAGCUGGCAGCCACCUACUGAUGACGGUGGCUCAGAAAUUACUGGUUACGUUGUUGAAGUAGCCGAAUUCGGGGUCAACGAUUGGAGGACUGUCGCUGGAUUCUGUCCAAAAUGCUCUUUCACUGUCAAAAAUCUUACCGAAGGCAAGAAAUACGUUUUUAGAGUACGUGCUGAAAACUUAUAUGGAGUAUCAGAUCCAUUGGAAAGCAAACCCACUAUUGCUAAAUCACCAUUCGACCCACCAGGUGCGCCGGAAACGCCUAAGAUCACUGGCUACAGCUCCAACAGCUGUUCUCUUGAAUGGGAACCUCCAGCCAACUGUGGAGGCAAACCUGUUACUGGAUAUAUCGUUGAAAAGAGGGAACGUGGAGGCGAUUGGGUCAAAGUUAAUAACUACCCUACGCCAAACACCUGCUACACUGUGUCUGACCUCCGUGAGGGCAACAAAUACGAAUUCCGCGUCAUUGCUGUCAAUGAAGCUGGACCCGGCAAACCAAGUAAACCGACUGAACCAAUUACCGCCCAGACACAAAGACUUAAGCCUAGCCCACCAGAAGCGCCUAAACCAGACAGAGUUACAAAAGACUCGGUCACAUUGUCUUGGAGGCCACCUAAGAGCGACGGUGGAGCCAAAAUCAAGGGCUACAUCAUCCAACAGAAAGGCAAGGGUGAUAAGGACUGGAAGGAUGUCAAUGAUGUACCUAUUCCAAGCUUGGUACAUACUGUACCGAAACUCAAAGAAGGUGAUGACUACCAAUUCAGGGUCAUCGCAGUCAAUGAUGCUGGUAGAUCAGAUCCUAGCAAACCAACCAGUGACAUUACUAUUGCUGAGCAACCAAACAAACCUUGCAUGGAUCUCGGAGGAGUCAGAGACAUUACUGUACGUGCUGGAGAAGACUUCUCCAUUCACGUACCAUACACUGGCUUCCCGCAACCGACAGCUUCAUGGUUUGCGGACGAUAACCUUCUUGAUGUUGAAGGUGAUUCUAGAAUAUUCCAGAAGAUCACACCAGAGUCGGCGUCACUUGUUGUUAAGAAUGCCAAGAGAUCAGACGGAGGACAGUACCGCCUACAGCUACGCAAUCCUUCAGGAUACGACACAGCUACAAUUAACGUUCGUGUGCUCGACAGACCUGGUAAACCAGAGAACCUUCGCGCUGAUGAAUUCGAAGGUGAAGCUCUCACAUUAUACUGGAACCCACCUAAAGAUAACGGUGGCGGUGAUAUCACGAACUAUGUUGUUGAGAAACGUGAAUCCAGGACAGGCAACUGGACCAAGGUAUCUGGCUACGUCACGACUCCGUUCUUACGCGUAAAGAACUUGACAGUAGGCAAGGAUUAUGAAUUUAGGGUAAUGGCCGAGAACCAGUACGGUCAAUCAGACCCAGUUCAGACCACGGAACCAAUCAAAGCCAGACAUCCAUUCGAUCCUCCAGGUCCACCUGGCGCGCCAAGGUCAGUGGAGACUACGGAAUCUUCAAUCACAAUUACCUGGACCAAACCACGUCACGAUGGUGGCUCACCCAUCACUGGUUACGUUGUUGAAAAGCGACUAAUCACUGAAGACAAAUGGACCAAAGCAUCUCAUUCUCACAUUCCAGACACUACAUUUAAAGUAACUGGUUUAAUAGAGAACCAUGAUUACGAAUUCCGUGUAGCUGCCAUCAAUGCUGCCGGACAAGGAAGUUACUCGGCCAGCUCUGAUGCUAUCAGAGCUCGUGCUCCUCCAAACUCUCCGAAGAUUACUUCGGACCUCAGUCUUAGAGAUAUUACUGUUAUUGCUGGAGAGGAGAUUAAGAUUACUGUACCUUUCACUGGAAACCCGAGGCCGAAGGUUUCGUGGAUAAUAAACAACGAUGAAGUAUUCCCAGACAACCGCAUUCGUUUCGUGACGUCAGACGUGGACACAGUCUUCCACAACACUUCCGCUAAACGGUCAGACACUGGCUCUUACACUAUUCAGCUGGUUAACAGCGAAGGAUCAGAUAGUGCCACUUGCAGGGUGUUAGUAGUAGACCGACCAUCACCGCCAGUGGGACCUUUGGACGCGUACGACAUUACUCCAGACACGUGCACGCUCUCGUGGAAACCUCCACUGGACGAUGGCGGCUCACCCAUCACCAACUAUGUUGUGGAGAAGAUGGACAACAGUGGAGUAUGGAGCAAGAUCUCGUCAUUCGUACGCAGCUGCCACUACAACGUUAUGGGUCUGGAAGCGAACCGCAAGUACACGUUCCGUGUGCGCGCUGAGAACCAAUAUGGAGUUUCUGAGCCUUUGACUAUGGAUGAUUCUAUUACUGCUAAGUUCGCCUUCACAAUCCCGGACCCGCCGGGCGUGCCUCGCGUGACGGACUGGGACGGCUCCACGGCCACGCUCGUGUGGGACAGGCCGAGGUCGGACGGCGGCGCUCGCAUCCAAGGAUACAAGGUCGAGUUCAGAGAUGUACAAGACGGUGUUUGGAACGGCGCCGACUAUCUCGUCAAAGAGUGUACUUACCAGGCGUACAACCUGGUGGCGGGGCACGAGUACGAGUUCCGCGUGCGCGCCAAGAACGCGGCGGGCUGGAGCAAGUACUCGGGCAGCUCGCAGCACUUCAAGGUGCGCCCGCGCACGCACCCGCCCGCGCCGCCGCGCGCGCCGCGCGUGCUGCGCGUGGGCAGGAACUACGUCGACCUGUCCUGGGACCCGCCCGCCAGCGACGGAGGCACUCGCGUGACCGGCUACAUCAUCGAACGUCGCGACGUGGGUAGCUCCGUAUGGAUCAAGUGUAACGACUACAACGUGCAGGACACCACCUUCACGGCGCUCAAUCUCAACGAGAAGGCCGACUAUGAAUUCAGGAUCAUCGCUGUCAAUGCCGCUGGUAAAUCGGAGCCGUCGAGCUGCACGACGCCGGUGCGCACGGGCGAGGAGCUGGGCGGCACGAAGCCGGAGUGGGUGAAGCAGCUGCCCGCCACGGUGUGCGCGCCGCUGGGACGCCCCGUCACGCUGGAGUGCGUGGCCACCGGCAACCCCGUGCCCACCGGCCGCUGGCUCAGGAACGGCCGCGAGAUCGUGCUCGGCACCAGGUUCAUUGCCGAAUCCCGCGAGGGUACUCUCCGUUUGAACAUCAUCGAAGCUCACGACGGAGAUGAGGGUGACUACACGUGCGAGGCUGUUAAUAACAUCGGUUUCAUCUAUUGUACUGGACAUCUUAAGAUCGGAAACCCGCCCCGCAUCACCCGCAUGCCAGGCGACAUGCACCUCCCCGAGCACGACAACACGAAGAUCAAGAUCCUGUACACGGGCGACCAGCCCGCUGACGUCACGCUCACCAGGGACGGGCACAAGCUCGCUGAGUCGCCGCACUUCAAGUGCACCGUGUUCGAUGAUUAUGUACUUAUAUUUAUUAAGGACAUCAAUAAAGAUGAUAUGGGUACAUACAAGAUCACAAUCAAGAACAACUCAGGCGAAACAUCAGACACCUUCUCUAUCACGGUCACAGGCCUGCCUGGACCUCCUCAAGGCCCGCUGGAGAUGACAGACAUAACACGUCACUCGUGCACGCUGGCCUGGAAACCGCCUACAUACGACGGAGGCAUGCCUGUCACACACUACGUCAUCGAACGUAACGACAUCUCUGGAACAGCCUGGAUCACUAUUGCUUCAUCGGUCAGGGAUACCAAGUUUACUGUCCAAGGGUUGACAGAAGGACAGGAAUACAACUUUAGGAUACAUGCCGCUAAUGAGAAUGGUAUUGGACCUGCGCUUGAGGGAGCCAAUCCGAUUAAGGCAAAGGCACCGUUCGAUCCACCAUCAGCGCCUGGCAUUCCCAAGAUUCUGGAGGUCGGAGGAGACUUUGUCCAUUUGGAAUGGGAGAAGCCUACAAGCGAUGGAGGCGCUAGAAUACAAGGUUACUGGGUAGACAAGCGCGAAGUAGGAGCAACAACAUGGCAGCGCGUGAACGCGAGCCUGUGCCUGCCCAACCAGCUGAACUGCUCCAACCUGGUCGAAGGUCGCCAGUACGAGUUCCGUGUGACCGCACAGAACGAGGCUGGUCUCUCGCCGCCUAGCACUGCUUCGAUGCAGGUCAAGGUUCAAGAUCCUAAAGCGGCAACGCCACCAGAAAUAGUAAAACCGUUGAAGACCGCAAACUGCAUCCAGAACCACAACGCGAAGUUCCAGUGUACCAUUACUGGAUCACCGAAACCUACCAUCACGUGGUACAAAGGUGCCCGCGAGAUAACAAACGGUCCACGCCACCACAUCUGGAGCGAAGGAGACAACCACUUCCUGACAGUGAACGAUGUGUUCGGAGAGGACGCUGACGAGUACGUGUGCAGGGCGGUCAACCGCGCCGGAGUCAAGAGCACCAGGGCUGAACUGUUUAUUAUGACUGCACCAAAACUGAACGUGCCGCCUCGCUUCCGUGUCACCGCGUACUUCGACAAGGGCGAGAACGUGGUCAUCAAGAUUCCGUUUACCGGCCACCCUGUACCCAAGAUUACUUGGGUCAGAGAGGGAGAGACCAUUGAGUCUGGACUGCAUUAUCAUGUUGAGAGAAAAGAACGUCACGCUAUCCUGACGAUCCGUGACGCCAGCAAGUUGGAUUCCGGACCGUACAGGAUCACAGCUGAGAACGAACUGGGACAGGAUUCCGCCAUUAUCAACGUUGAAAUCAGUGAUCGUCCAGACCCGCCUCGGUUCCCAGCGGUAGACAACAUCGGCGUGGACUCUCUCGCGCUCAGCUGGAAAGCACCAGUCUGGGACGGAGGUUCAGACAUUACAAACUAUCUGGUGGAGAAGAGGGAACACCCUAUGUCCAGCUGGAUAAGAGUUGGCAACACCAGAUUCACAACAAUGGCUAUUACCGGCUUAGUGCCUGGUAAACAGUAUGAAUUUAGGGUAUACGCAGAAAAUAUCUAUGGACGAUCAGAGCCUAGCGAACCUACGAAUUUGGUGCAAACCAAGUCUAUCAUUAAAAAGGAGUUCAAGAAGAAGGAAUACCCAGUGGACGAAACCGGCAAACGUAUCCGCACGAACGCUGACCACGGUCCGAUCAAAGACUACGACAGCUAUGUGUUCGACAUAUACAGUAAAUACGUUCCACAGCCAGUGGACAUCAACACAUGCUCUGUGUACGACAAGUAUGAUAUACUCGAAGAGAUUGGUACAGGCGCAUUCGGCGUGGUCCACCGCUGUCGCGAGCGGGCCACAGGCAACUACUUCGCAGCCAAGUUCAUACCCGUAGUGGGAGCCAUGGAGAAGGAGCUCAUUAAGAAGGAGAUCGAUAUCAUGAACCAGCUCCAUCAUAGGAAGCUCAUCAAUUUGCAUGACGCUUUCGAGGAUGAUGAUGAGAUGGUUCUGAUAUUUGAGUUCUUGUCUGGCGGCGAGCUGUUCGAGCGCAUCACGGAGCCCGGCUACAACAUGAGCGAGGCGGAGGCGGCGCACUACAUGCGCCAGAUCUGCGAGGGCGUGCGUCACAUGCACGAGCAGAACAUCAUCCACCUUGAUCUCAAGCCCGAGAACGUCAUGUGCCAGACCAGGAGCGGCACUGACGUCAAGAUCAUCGACUUUGGUCUAGCCACGAGGUUGGACCCCAACGAAGUGGUGAAGAUAUCGACCGGCACCGCUGAGUUCGCAGCUCCGGAGAUCGUGGAGCGUGAGCCUGUUGGCUUCUACACAGACAUGUGGGCCGUGGGUGUACUCGGUUACGUGCUAUUAUCGGGUCUAUCACCGUUCGCUGGUAACAAUGACAUCGAAACCCUGAAGAACGUGAAGGCUUGCGACUGGGAGUUCGACGAGGAAGCAUUCCAGCACGUGUCCGAUGACGCCAAAGACUUCAUCAGGAGGCUACUGGUUAAGAGCAAAGAGAAGCGCCUGACGGCCCACGAGUGCCUGGUGCACCCGUGGCUGGCGGGCGACGCGGCCGCCGCGCGCACCGCCACCAUCGAGGCGCGACGCUACGAGGCCAUGCGCGACCGCCUCCGCUCCAGAUACGAGAACUGGUCAUCAUUCAGACUGCCGAUCGGCAGGCUAAGCGAAUACAGUUCGCUGCGUAAACUACUCAUUGAGAAAUGGAAGAUCUACGAUGGACAGUUCGACCGCCGCCAAGCCGCACCAAGAUUCGUGAUCAAACCACAAUCAGCAUUCUGCUACGAGGGCCAGUCGGUGAAGCUGUACUGCCGCAUCAUCGCUUGUGCCACGCCCACGGUAUCCUGGUCCAGGAACAACCACGAGCUCAGACAGUCUGUCAAGUUCAUGAAGAGGUACGCGGGCGAUGACUACUACUUCAUAAUCAAUCGCGUGAAACUAGAGGACCGCGGCGAGUACAUCAUCAGGGCUGAAAACCACUACGGGUUCAGAGAAGAGGUCGUCUUCCUGAACGUACAGCCGAUCCCGAAGGUCCAACGCACACACCUGGUCGAGGCCCCACGCCGGCGCGAGGCCCUACCUUACACAUUCUGGCAGGAAUCCAGCGAAACGGCGCCUUCCUUCACCUUCCAGCUGCGGCCUCGCGUCAUGCAGGCUCGCGACACCUGCAAGCUGCUUUGCUGUCUGAGUGGCAAGCCUACUCCCACAGUCAAGUGGUACAAGGACAAGCGAGAGCUAUCCAAGUAUGACUACGCGAUGACACAAUCAGAUGGCGUGGUCACCCUUGAAAUUAUCGAUUGUCGGCCGGAGGACAGCGGAAAGUACACUUGCGUCGCCACGAAUAUACACGGCACUGAUGAGACUUCCGCUGUCGUCAUUGUUGAAGGCGAAGUAACAUCACCAGAACAAGCGCAGAUGAUCCACAACUUCCUGCAUUCAGGCGACAGGCGAUACAUCGAGAAACCUCUCAAGCCUGCACCCCCACCGAUUAUCACCAAGACUAAGGUUACAAUCGACCCUCCAGCGAAAUCGUCAAUUAGGCCGAAAUAUUCACCGCAGAGUUCCGUAGAGGCGAGCAAGAAGAAAUAUGGCGCUAGAUUAGACUCGGAAACAUCGUCGAGAUCUAGAAGUGCUACUAAAGAACUUAUACUGCCCGCGUCGGACUCGAGCAUGUGCCGGCCGUCGCUGGCGCGCGCGCUGCCCGACGCGCUGGCCGCCCGCGACGGCGCGCCGCUGCUGCUGUCGGCCGCCGUGCGCGGGGACCCCGACCCGCGCGUGCAGUGGUACAAGGACGGCCAGCCGCUGCACUCCUCCGAGGUUGUGGACCUAAAAUACAAGAACGGAGUUGCAUCGCUGGCGAUCAACGAAGUCUUCCCCGAAGAUGAGGGCGUUUACUCGCUGAAGGCUAUCAACAGCCAAGGCGAGAUCGAAACCAAAUGCAAAGUUUCCGUCAAAGCUAUGGAGACUAAUGCUGCAGUCGCCAAAAUCGGAGACAAGCCUCCCAGAAUAGUGGACCACGCGCAAUCACAGACUGUCAACGAUGGAGAUGCGGUCGCGCUAUCCUGCAGGAUUACGGGUGCUGAGCGUUUCGACGUGGUUUGGCUCCACAAUAACAUGGAAAUUAAGCCAUCGAAGGACUUCCAGUACUCGAGCGAAGCUAACAUUCACAAAUUACAUAUCGCAGAAAUAUUCCCUGAGGACGCCGGUGUCUACACGUGUGAGGCAUUCAACGAUGCUGGUGAAUCGUUCUCAUCAUGCUCGCUGGUCGUGCGCGUACCGGGCGAGGUCCCAACGACACCGCAGUACACCGCCUUCCCUGGAUCAGCUACAGCUAUUAUCGGCGAGCCUGUCGUGUUCACCACGGAGCUUGAUAAGCCACCACUCCAGCUUCAGUGGUUGAAGGACGGCAAGCCAAUCGAUGAGACACUAGCGCGAUACAAGUUCAUGAUGGAAGGCACAUCACGAUACCGUCUCGAGAUCGUCAAGUGUACGACAGAAGACGCAGGACAAUAUCAGGCGAGGGCCGUGGGCUCCAAGGGAGACUCCCUUGCCGCCUUCUACCUUAACGUCGUGGAUAACUAA